ACCAUCAAGUAAAAUCACUAUUACUAUUAUUAGAAGUUAAAUCUUUUUUUAGGUUUACUCAUGUCCUUGAAUCAUCGCAGCCGCUAACCAUUUACCAUCUUAACAAGUGUUACAAGUGUUUACCGAAUAUUUCCUGACCUGAGGUUACAGAGGCGAACGUUUAAAACUCAGWGAUUUCCACCUGCAUUUUUUAGAGUAAAGACUUGGUCAGCUGGGAGGGAUAUGACGAGUAAAUAUUGGAUAUUGGAAAACAAACGUGCAAGAUUCUAACUUUUGCGAUGACACACUCUGGAUUGACAAACAACACAAGUCUGGAACUUACCGAACAAAGGACAUAUUCCAUCUCAGAGGCUCUGAGAAAUCCUACAACAAUGACUAUUUCACUGUUAUUGCUGAUUUUGAUUCUAAUAAUCUUGGUUGGGAAUGGUAUCAUCUUUUGUACUAUUUGUGCAACCAAAAGACUUCGUGUACCGACAUUUCUCUUCGUUGCCUCGUUGGCUGUGGCUGAUUUCAUGGUUGGUCUUUUCAUCGUUCCUGUUGCUUUGAUUUUUCAAGUUGCCAUUCAAAUGAACGAGCUAUCAAUUUUAACCAAUAAAUUGUGCUAUGCUUGGGUAUUUGCAAGUAUCUGGUUCAGUACGGCGUCCACCUUGAACCUGUGUACCAUCAGUUGGGAUCGAUAUUUGGCCAUAACUACACCUCUGCGGUAUUCAAUGCGCAUGGGCAAAAAGAAAGUCCGCAGACUACUGAUAUUCGUCUGGAUAUCAUCGUUCUCCAUUAGUGUUCUUGCAUGGAAGGCAGUAAAAAACUCUCGGAACAGAAUUCAUCAAUGUUCUUUGCAGGGGACGAACGUAGAAUACGCCAUUUCCAUUUUUAUUCUAUUAUUCCUGAUACCGGUUCUGUUUUUGAUCUUUACCAAUGCAAAGGUUCUUUUCAUUGCCAUGGCACAAAUGAAAAAAAUCAAAUCGCAAUCCAAUCUCAACCUGAACCUUGAGCACAUCGRCCUUAAUGACUUAACAACCCGAAGGUCUUCUUCAAUACAGAGAACACUAGACUCUCUUCGACUGUGGAUGGAAAUUCGUAUUUUCAAACUGUUUCUAAUUGUGAUUGGAGUCUUCGUUAUCUGUUGGAUGCCCUUCUUUGUGUUCUUGUUGAUAAAUUCUGUGGAACUAAUUCAAACACCACCUAACAUUAAGCUGGUAUUUAUAUCGUUGACAUACAUCAACAGCGCAUGUAAUGUUUUUGUAUAUGGAUUCUUCAACAGAGACUUCAGAAGAGCGGUCAUAGGGCUUACAUCGCGAUUAAAAUCUCGCACCAAUUCCCAGUGCAAUUCCUCAGUUACUCCUGGACGAGCAUCCUUAGAACGUGAACUGGGUAGAGUAAAUAAGAACUUUGCUUCCACAAUUUAAACAACGUCAUAAAUGAAAAUAAAUGUUAAAACAUACUACUAA